CAUCUUCCUCUGUCUCUCACAACCAUCUCACUCUACUUCCCAGAGAGCCAAACAAACCUCUCUCUCCCUCUCUCUCUCUCUCUCUGCAAUUCUUCUCUAUAAUGUUCCAUUGAUUUUUUUUAUUCAGACUCCUUGAAUAUUCUUAUUCGCCGGAAUAUUCAAAUUGGGAGUUACCGGCGAGCCAGAUGAUCCCAAACUCUGUAGCAAUCACCGUUCCUGUCCGAUUCCGCAACCUGUAAGACAUCUCAAGAAGGAAGUGAUAGACUGAGGGAGACAAUAGAAUGUCGGUAUACGACGCCGCUUUUGUGAACACGGAGCUCUCGAAGCCCACUUCAAUCUUCGGUCUUAGGCUGUGGGUAGUGAUCGGCAUCCUUCUCGGUUCUUUCAUUGUGUUGGCCCUCUUCCUCCUCUCACUCUGCCUGACCUGCCACCGGAACAGCCGCCGCAAAUCUCUUCAACAUCCGGACCCCACCCCUCCCGUUUCGAAGGAAAUUCAGGAGAUCGUAAACGUGCCUACAACGGAUCAACACCACCGCCUCCACCACCCUAACCAGGUUCCGGAGAUCCAGGUCGAUAUUGGAAAGAUCGAGCACCGCGUUGUGUUCUCUGACAGGCCGUCAAGUGGGGAGAGCAAGGGGACUGUCAGUGGAUGUGAAACGGCAUCGUUUGGGAGUGGUAGCGUGGGUCCUGAGGUUUCGCAUCUCGGUUGGGGUCGGUGGUAUACGCUGAGAGAGUUGGAGGCAGCCACAAACGGGCUUUGCGAGGAGAAUGUGAUUGGAGAAGGUGGUUAUGGGAUUGUGUACCGUGGGGUUUUGAGCGACGGUACUGGAAUUGCCGUUAAGAAUCUUUUGAAUAACAGGGGUCAGGCUGAGAAGGAAUUUAAGGUAGAAGUGGAGGCUAUUGGACGUGUCAGACACAAGAAUCUUGUCAGGUUGCUUGGAUACUGUGUGGAAGGAGCAUACAGGAUGCUUGUGUAUGAGUAUGUCGAUAAUGGAAAUCUGGACCAAUGGCUUCAUGGAGAUGUUGGGGAAGUCAGCUUUCUGACCUGGGAUAUGCGUAUGAACAUUAUACUUGGAACGGCUAAAGGAUUGGCCUACCUACAUGAGGGGCUUGAACCAAAGGUUGUCCAUCGAGAUGUAAAAUCCAGCAACAUAUUACUUGAUCGCCAAUGGAACCCUAAAGUUGCUGAUUUUGGACUAGCAAAGCUCUUAUGUUCUGAGAAUAGUUAUGUCACAACUCGUGUGAUGGGAACAUUUGGGUACGUUGCACCAGAGUACGCAUGCACUGGAAUGCUGAAUGAGAAGAGUGAUGUUUACAGCUUUGGUAUACUCCUUAUGGAGAUCAUUUCUGGAAGAAGCCCCGUUGAUUACAGUCGACAGCCAGGAGAGGUUAACUUGGUGGACUGGUUGAAGACCAUGGUAGGAAACCGAAAAUCUGAGGAAGUAGUCGACCCUAAGCUGCCUGAAAUGCCUCCUUCGAAAUCACUUAAACGUAUUCUACUGGUUGCUCUUCGAUGUGUUGAUCCUGAUGCAACAAAGAGGCCCAAAAUGGGACAUGUGAUCCACAUGCUCGAGGCAGAUGACCAGUUACUUCGUGAUGAACGUCGAGUUGGGAGAGAUCUUCCAAUUAACACUGAUGAACAAGAAAGUCACAGUAUGGCAAAACUAAAUUAUGAAAAUUUGGAUGAAGGAACUUCUGAUAACAGUAGGAAUCAUCAUCAGCCAUCAAGGUGGAGAUAACGCCAGCGGAGGUUUAGGUGACUAACAAUUCCAGUCCUUCAAGUUAUUAAAACCCAUUUCUGUUAGAACCCUAGUAUGUUUAUUGUACUUUACUUUUAACAAAUUAUAUUCUUCCAGGUGCACGUACGCUAUCUCAUAUCUGAUUUCAUUUGUACACUUUAAAAGAAUUCAUUCAUCAUUCAUAUAGCAAUUACAUUUUUUUUUCUUUUGGACUUCGUUCUUAUUACACGAAGUGUCUUUGUAAAUUUCUCUGCUUUUUGUGACAAUGUAUAAUUUAUUCAUCCAUCUAGUUUCGAGUUUCCAAAUA